CCGUUUCCAAACGACGCGAGGGAGGCGGGAGGAGCGCGCAUGGGACGUUGGGACCCGGGCGAGACCAUCCGACCCAAAAGGGCGGGGGUGUCAGCCGGGAAAGUUCCCUUUCGCGCCAUGGCGUCGUUUCCGAAGCUGGUGCUGCUAUUUCAGCAGAAAGCGGAAAUCGGGCAAAGAUGUAAAUAUGAGGUGAAUUGCAUUGAGGGAGGAAGGGGCGGGCCUCUUCCAUGAUCGGCAGGGUGAGUGGCCUAUUCCAUCCUCCGAGUGUGCCGAGAGGGAAGAUGGGAAAAGACAGGCAGCCAAUAGAAUCUCCGCAUCGCCUCCUUCAGACUCGGAUCCCCGGAAGAGACACCCCCCCCCCUUAUCCAGGACAGCCCUUCCCGGCCAUGGAGCCUCCCGAGGAGCCGGUGAGUGGGGAAAAGCUGGAUCUGGCCGCCCCCGGGUCCCGCGCGGCCACUGGAUCCCCCUCCAAGCCCAAGCCGGCCCCGGCCAGAGCCUCGCCCAAGACCCGGGCCAAGGCGCCGCUCGCUAAGAAGGCGCCGCCCGCUAAGAAGGCGCCGCCAGCUAAGACGGCCCCGAAGGCCGCGAAGAAGGCCGCCCAAAUUCCCCCCAAGGCUGUAGACACAGUAGACGCUGCAGGGGAAAAGGAGCAGGAGCGCCCCCUUGUGGACGGAGUUGCCGCUUCCCAGCCGUUGCAACCUGUAACGGAGGCAGGUGAGACGCCUAGCCCGUCUUGUCCACCAGAUGGCGCCAAAGAGGAACUUUCUCAGCCGCAGCUGCCAGUGAUGGAGCCCGCUCAGCCUUCGUCCCUUCCUCCUGCUUCGACUCCGCUCCCGCCAGAAAGUCCUUCGGAGGAGCCGGCUGCUAAGACCCUCCAAGUAGCCGCCUCGGUCUCUCCCAGGGAGCCCCUCCCAGCUAUGGAGCCUCCCAAGAAGCCGGUGAGUGGGGAAAAGGUGGAUCUGUCCACCCCCAAGCCUGGCGUGGGCAAGGGAUCCCCUUCCACGCCCAAGCGAGCCCCGGCCAGAGCCUUGCCCAAGGCGCCGCUUGCUAAGAAGGUGCUGCCCGCUAAGAAGGCCGUGAAAGUCGCCCAAAGGCCCCAAAAGGCUUUAAACACAGUAGGCGCCGCAGCAGAAAAGGACCUCGCUCAGCCUUCGUCCCUUCCUCCUGCUUCGACUCCGCUGCCACCGGAAAGUCCUUCGGAGGAGCCGGCUGCUAAGAGGGCAAAGCCUGCCACCUCGGAGGCUGCCGUCCCUCCUGCAGUGGCCAGAGUCUGUCCAAAGAAGGCCCAGGAGCCGGAAAUGACCCCGCAGAUGAGACAGAUGAUCUCAGAGGCCAUCGCUCAGGGCAUUGCCGCAGGGAUCCAACAACAACACCCGGCUUCCUCUGCAGCCUCCGACAACGCCUUACGCCAGGGACAGGCUCCUCCUUCUUCCAUGAACAUCCCAGAGUCCCUCGACAAAGACUUGCCACUGUCUGGGGACCAAGAUGGGACUCCAGACCCCCAUGGCUUCGUAGGUCUCUUCAGCCCUGCCUUGUUUAAGACACUUCUCCAGAAAGCCAAGGCCACCGCUCGUAUAGGAGGAGAUCCAGCCGGCUUAGAUCCAGCCUCAUCUGAUCCCAAUAAUUUGUUGUUCACAGAACCCGCCACAGAGAAGGAGGAGAUCCCCUGCCCAAAGUUUUUCCUGGAUGUCGUCCAGCGACAAUGGGCUGUAUUAGGGGCGGGUCCACAUCCGACUGUCAAUGACAAACGGUUCUACAAUGUAGGCCCGAACUUAACAGCGGCAUUCGAUCCGCCAACAAUUGAUGAGCCCGUGGCGGCCUUUCCCUCCUACACCGUUCUCUCCACCAACACAGACGGUGCUUUGAAUCCAGAAGAGAAGAAAAUAGAAAUGGCGCUAGUCAUGGGCCAUAAGUCAGCUGCCUGGGCGGUCAAGUCAGCGAUGGCUGCUUCCUUUUUCAAUAGAACGUCCUUGCUCUGGCUCAAACAGAUGCAAGCCAGAAUCCCAGUCACCGACCUCCAGACUCACGAGGACAUCAACAACCUGAUAGCGGCGGCAGAAUUCUCUGCAGAUGCCACCCUGAAUUCAGUCAGGUUUGCUUCCAAGUCCAUUGGCUCCUCUGUGACAGGCAGACGAGUACUGUGGCUCCGUAACUGGAAGUCAAACAUGAAGUUCAAGUGGAAGUUGGCCUGUGCCCCCUUCAAAGGUGAAAAGCUAUUCGGAGAGGCCUUAGAGCCUAUACUCAUAGAGACCAGAGACAAAAAGAAAGUCCUACCCUCUACGUUCAGAAAGCCUAAUAAGCAAUCCUCCCCCUACUUUCAGAAGCCUUCUUUUAGGGCGGCAGACACCGCAGACGACUGCUCACAACCGCAAAGGGCAUACUUCCAGCGACCUGAUCACCAAUCAGAUAACCCCAGAUAUAGAGGCAGGGGCAGGCAGCAGUUCCAAUCCAAACGGCCAUUAAGAGGCUCGUCUAGAAGUCUGCAGAGCCAACCGUCCAGAGGACCAGAAGCGACUGGGGAUUGUAAUGCUAAAAGCUUCUAUGAGUUGGAGAGUGAUACUCCACCUAAAAAGACUCACCAAGCAUCUGGUAUACAAGAAUUUCAAAAUCCAGUCCAUACUGGAGGGCAUCUGGGUGGGCGUCUUCCUGAUGUCAAUAGAUCUCACGGAAACAUACCUGGACGUCCCUAUAUUGCAGAUUCACCAAUGAUUUCUAUGGAUAUGCAACGCGAACCACCAUUACAGAGCCCUCACGAAGAUACUAGUGAUGCUCUUGGCUCACCUCAGGGCUAUCCCUAUUCCCGUCCAACACUAUCUGGCCGACAUGUGGAUCGAAUCCGCCUCUCACCUCCACGCCAUAGGGGAUCUACUCAUCACGAUCCGGGUCCUUCAGGGUCCUUCGGAGGAUCAAGGAUUCACAGUCAAGAACGACAAGAGCCACUUGCCUCCUACCGACAGGAUACUCCACCUAGCAGCAUCUAUAGAAACGACAUGCAUAGUUUGCCUGUCCCAGGACCGCCAGGACAGCAUCAGCGCUCUGGCGAACUGGAUCCGAUCGGACCAAACGGUGCCUCUCGUCCUCGUCUCACAAUUGUUAGGCAAGGUGGUGUCCUGCGUCUCCCUUGUUCCCGGGGCACGUCUGCAUACCAGGACAUUACAAUGGUUCCUCCUGCCUACCCAGAAAUACAGCAGGAGCAAUUCAACUAUCAGAGUUCCAUCAGGGGUCCUCCAGGGGUGGAUGCCACCGACCACAACCAGGGGAUGCCCAUUCCAGGAACCGAACAGUCUCGCCAUCGGUACGGACACUGGUUUUCUGGGUUGGAGAGCCCAGAUAGAGACUCAGAUGGCAGAAGGCCAGUGGACACAAGAGGAAUGACGAACCAACGACAACUGGGAAGAGAUCCAAGCAGGCCACAGAGCCCUCCGAUGGAUCCAGAUCACCAUCUCCGGCCACCACAUCCUAGCAGACAACGUAGCCACCAAGACCCAUAUGAACCACCGAGGGAGCACCCACUCGAGGAUAUCGACUACCGGAGACUGAGUCCCUUUGGAAGUCCUCCAGGGGCGGAUUUCACUGACUACAACCAGGGGAAUAACAUUCAAGAAACCGAACCGUCUCGCCAUCGUUCCAGAGGCCGGUUUUCUCGGCUGGAGAGCCCAGAUAGAGACCCAGAUGGCAGAAGGCCAGUGGACAGAAGAGGAACGAUGCAAGAACGUCAACCGAUCUACUUGGGCAGACGGCGCCAAAGAGCGGAGUCCUAAGUACUGGGCGCACUUUUAUCCCAUCUUUUGAUCGGCGUGGCAAGAGUCACAUGGACAUUGGUGGAAAUCUCAAGGGAAGAGUCUUCUUCAUUUCCUCUUAAGUUUUUUCUGGAGACGUCAUUCCUCACCCUUCGAACUUUACAUCCCUGUCUUUUACGUCCGGGAGUGACAUCCAGUGAGUUGUUAGCUACUGUAUCUGAGCUCUCCUUUCCUCGUUCCAUGUUUUGGGUUUUAAAUUCUGCUAGUCUUCGACUUACGACCACAAUGUCUGUCGUAUAGCAAGAUGUUGGCAGAGUGAGCUUUGCCCGCACUCCUGCCGUUCAUUUUACCUACCUUCCUAGCCACUGUCAUUUAAGCAAAUUGCAGCAGUUAUUAAGUUCGUAAGAGGGAUGUUAAGGGAAUCUGGCUUUCCACACACCCCUCCCGCAGCUGACAUCACUUGUUGCUAAUCGGUUCCGAAGCGUCUGACAUUUCAAUCGCCUGACCGCCUCGAUGCUACAAAAGUUGUUAAGUGUCAAAAACGGUACUCAAAUGGCCGUUGCAAUUUUGGUCACUAAAAGAAGUGUCAUCCACCCCCAAUCUUUCCCACCCUAACCUUGGGAGCUUAGAUGCCAGGGAGCUGCCCACUUUUACUCCGCAUGACUUCCGCGCUCACUAAUUUCCCCCGAAUCUCAUCUGUUAUAUCGCAUUGUGUAUCCAACAGCCAAUAAAAGGACAGAUUUGCAAUAAAAAAGUCCCUUGAACCACUCUGGAAACGAAACGGUAGUGGGCUCUCUGCAGGAACCAGAUUAGGUUACGGGGAGAGCAUCGUUGAGUUUAUUGGCCUCUGUCUCUGAGCCUGGCCUACUUUGCAGGGCUGUUGUGUGAAAAAGUAGGAGUGUCCCAGCUCCCUUCGCUUCUUUGGAAUUCUGCUCUGAAAAGAAGACCAUGUAAAUGAUAUAAUAAAGGAUCUUGUGGGUGG